AUGCCAGGAGAGACGAAAGUAAUCCUCGGCAAGAAGUAUACUGUGACCACAGAGGACCAGAAUCUAUCUGGGGUAGCAUCAGGAAGGAAACGUUCUGGUCCGGCUAGCACAGUCCUCGAGGUAACCGUGGAUGAUCCAGAUUAUAAUAGUCGAAUGAGAACCCCCCUCAAGAUUCCUUGGUACAUGAAUGUUGGGGAUUCUGAAAGUCACGGGAAUGCCAUAUUUACAGCCAAGGAGGGGCACCUGGAAGUUCUUUAUCCCCGAAAGACCCAGGGUAUACUCAGACCUGCAACCACUCAAAUCUACCCUUCUAAAACCUGGUCAAACAGCAGUUAUACAGUCUCUGCAAAGGAGAUUGACGAGUCAGAGGUAGCUCAAAAAAGAGUCAGAGGUGAUGAUGAAGACAGCCCUGGGGAGGAGUCAGAGUGUAGCGUGGCAUCAUUUCUCAUCAACCCAUUUUUCGGUCAGAUUCCUUGGGACAUGGUGAAAUUUGUUUCUCGUGCGAUAUCAGAACUCAGUUAG